AUGGCACAGAUACCAUCGAAUGCACCGACAAGCCCUCAGGAUAACUCCGUAGAUUUUCAUCAUCCCUACACACCCUAUGACGUUCAGCUUCAGUUCAUGAAAGCCGUAUAUGAGGUCCUUCAAGCAGGUCAUGGCCAGAUUGGCAUCUUAGAGAGUCCUACCGGAACUGGGAAAUCUCUUUCCCUCAUAUGCUCCUCUCUGACCUGGCUCCGCAGCUUCAAGGCCUCUUCGCACGAAGAAACUCUCAAGAAAAUAGGGCUUGAAUAUGCGGAUGAGCCGGAGUGGCUCGUCGAACAGCUUCUCAAGCGGAAAAGCGAAGAGCUCACCCGCCAAUGGGAGGAGAGGGAGGAGCGCCUCGAGAAAAUCCGACAAAAGGAAAAGGCCAUGGAGGCCCGGCGGAGCGCAAAGCGACGUCGCGUUGAGGAGGAGACCACCGCAAGCAGCGCGUCCAGAGAGCCGAUUGAUGAGGAUGCCGAGUGGCUCCUUGAUGACUGGGAGGGCGGCGCGACGGCCGGGAAUGACCCCUUAUCCGGCCUUAGCGCUCAAACGAGGGAGACCCUGGCGCGUAUGGGCCUCGGCGGACCGAGGAAAGCGGACGACUCAGAGGAUAAACUCGAAGACGAAGUGAAGCUAAGCCAGUUCAUCUCGGAACUCCGCCGCCCGUCAUUUCCAUCCAGUUACUCCAAGGCACCGUCGUCACCAGGCAAGAGUGAUUCCACGCAGAAGGAGCCCGUCAAGUUGAUUCCUCUCGCGUCGCGACAGCAGCUCUGUAUUAACCCGUCAGUCUCCAAGCUUGGGUCGUUGUCGGCCAUCAACGAUAGGUGUGCUGAGCUGCAGCAGUCUAAAUCGAAAGAGAAGAGAUGCACAUUCAUGCCUAAAGAUGAGACCCUCUCGCAAACUCACCAGUUUCGUGAUACGGCGCUCGCUACUCUCCCUGAUAUUGAAGACCUCUAUGGACUAGGCAAGUCGUUGGCGGCAGAGCAAGGCAUUGUGGACUCAAACACACUUCUUCGCCACAAGGCCAUCGACCAAAUCAACAUGUACAAACUUGUCCAGUACAUUCAGGAGUCAAAGUUGGCCUACAAAAUCGAGAGUUAUGUUUCCCACGUCGAGGACGAGGCACAAGCCGAGGGUAGUUCCAAGGCAACCGGUGGGCGCAUCUUUUUCCAGAAAACUGACUCUACUCCGCGGGAUAUCCAACUCUCGUACCUUCUCCUCUCCCCCACCCACGCCUUUUCUUCCAUAGCAACCUCUGCUCGCGCAGUGAUUCUUGCCGGCGGCACUAUGGCUCCCUUUGACGACUACACAACACAUUUAUUCCCCUACCUUCCCGCCGAAAAGAUUACGACGCUUAGUUGUGGCCAUGUGAUCCCAAAGGAAAACCUGUCUGUCUGGACCCUUGGCAGAGCGCGGGCCGGCGACGCCUCAUCGACGUUUGAAUUCAGCUUUCAACGUCGUGGUGACAAGGGGAUGAUCAAUGACCUUGGCGUCGCUAUAUUGAACAUAACUUUUCGGGAGUCCAAGGGCGGGUCGAGCGACGAGAUACUAGAGGCAUACUCCAAUGCCAUCCUAUCCCCCUCGCCAAACACCAAGACCAAGGGUGCCUUGCUCCUAAGCGUGGCGAAGAACGCCUCCCGCGCCUUUUACGAGAACUCGUGCAUGCGUGCUGUGAACCAGAGCAUCGGCCGGGCCAUUCGGCAUCCCAAGUGCAACGGAUCGUUCCAUGGGUCACGACAUAUUGAGGGCGGCACCUAG